AUGUCGCGCAACGUCGUCUACCCGGCCCUCACCGCCGCCCUGCCCGCCUUCUACCACUUCUACGCUCCAAAGACCGAGGCUGCACAGGGGCUCCUCCUCCCCGUCGGCUACGGCUACUGCGUCGCCUCAGUCGUAUCCGCCCUCUGGCUCGUAUUCAUCAUGGGCGCAAAGGUCGGCUCCGCACGCAAGGCCGCAGGAAUCCCCUACCCGCAGAUGUACGCCGAAAAGCAAGAGGCCGAAAAGAGCAGAGAGGCACACCUCUUCAACUGCGCACAGCGCGUCCACCAAAACACGCUCGAGAACCUGCCCAGCUACAUGUUCCUCGUCCUCUUCACCGGCCUAUUUUACCCGCGCCUCUCGACGGGACUCGCGUCCACCUGGGUCGUCUCCCGCGUCCUCUACAUGGUCGGAUACAACUCGGGCGUGCCCCGCAACCGCGUCACCGGCGCCAUCAUUGGCGGCCUCAGCUUCAUCGGCCUGCUCAUGCUCGCCACCUACAGCGCCUUUACCAUUGUCGACUCGGCAAACUACCAGAUCUAG